AUGGGCCAGGCAGACGAGAUUAGUUGGCUCGACAUCGGACAGCGGAGGGACCAGGGGCAUGUCCUCUGGGACUAUGGCCGACUAAAGCAACUCCUCCCUGAGCUUGUUGCUCCAGAUUCCCAAUAUCCGGCACUGUGUGUCUUCCUUGGCAACAAAACAAGGGACGCUGGGCUGAGACAGUUGUACCCUCAGAACAAUAUAAGGAGGCACAGAUCGAAUACAGCGGUGGGGCUACGACGCGACAUCCGGUCGUUUAAUUCUGCUCGACCAUGUUUGAUUGUAGAAGGCAAUCUGACCGGCGGUAUCCAGGAUUCUCUGUAUAACUGCGGUAUUGCAGAGGGAUAUCCCAUUACUUGGGAUGCAACAUCUGAAGAUGCUACUGUACGUACUGUAUUGGCGCGUUUAGUUUUCCCAUUCAGUGACAUUGUGUGCAUUUUUGCUGCCGAUCUUCCAAGUCACACCUACAUUAUCGAUUUCCUGCUCGAUUGCAUAAACCUGGGAGCAGCCUCAACUUUGCCGACACCUGUCCGACCUCGCAUCGUUAUUGUAUUCGAACGCACAGAUGGUGGAGCUACAAGUGAAAUUGAGGAAGCCGAGGCAUUUUACCAGCAGCUGAGCGUUGCCACAUUUAAUGCCCAACGGGAGCUCUUCUCAGCCCUAAAUAUUGUCCGCCUGGAUGGACGUCUGUCUGAGAUAGCUCGAUAUAAGCACCUGAGUGCAUUCAUUGCGGGGCAGCUGGAUGACAUGACAAUGGUUCGACAGGAUCACAAGGCUCUUUUCAACGCAAGGCACCUGGUAGCGUUCUUUCAGUCAGCUAGAGAGCAUCUUGUGGAGGAGGCACAUCUACCAUUUAAUUUUGUGAAAGCGACCCGGGCGGACCGUCCAGUGGCAACCUCGUUGAGUGCGCAUCUUGCGCAUUACCAAGACGCCGCAAUGUUAGCGGGAGUGGACUAUGGGCAGCUUGCUCCCUCAAUCGCAUCAGCACUUCUUAUGGAUCAUUAUAGGCCGGGAAUGCCUGGUAAGCUCACCAACUGCGUUGUUGCUUGCAGAGGCUGA